AUGACGGCGGAGGGUCGAGAAGGCCCGAGGGAGGGGGCAAGUAUAAUAUAUGUAAANUUCGCCCCGCCCCCCCCCGACCCCGACGAGGACGUCGCCGCCGCUCACUCCGCCGAGGCCGACUCCCGCUCCAUCAGGGGCCUCCUCCUCCAACCCUUCACCAAGUCCCAGCUCGUCGACCUCCUCUUCUCCGCCGCCGCCGCCCGCCCCGACCUCAUGGACCACAUCCGCGCCGUCGCUCGCAGCAACCCCCGCCACCGCAAGGUCUUCGUCGACCAGCUCCCACCCGGCACCACCCCCGACGCCCUCGCCGCCGCCCUCCGCGCCAGCUUCGGCCCCGGCUCCGUCGAGUGCGCCCUCGUCGCCCCCGACGGCCGCUGCGCCAUCGUCCUCUUCCGCCGCCUCUCCGACGCCCGCCGCGCGCUAUUCUCCCCGCUCGGCGCGGGCCUCCUCGGCACCGGCGCCGGCAUCUUCUACCCCCUCGACCUCUUUCCCCCGCCCGCCGGCCGCGCCUGCCGCGCCGUCGUCGCGCGGUACGCGGGCCCGCGCUCUCCGGAGCGCCUCGCGGAGCUGGGCGCCCUGCUCGCCCGCUACGGCGCGGUCGCGGAGGGCCCCGCGUGGGCGGGCGCCUGGGUGUCGAGCACCGACGGGAGGAGGACGCCGGCGCCGAGCGCGGCAUACGUCGUGUACGAGGACGCUGCGGCGGCGGACGCGGCCCUCGCGGAUAACCCCAAGGUGGUCGCGGGCAACCUCGUGUUCUGCGAGAGGGUGGUUUACAUCAUCGAUCCACAGCCGCAUCCCCCGCCGCCGCAUCAGCUGUCGAUGCCGCCCCCGCCGCCACCCUCCACGGUGGCGGAGCCUCAAGAAAGCCCGAGGGAGAGGGAAGGCAGUAACCCGCGACGCCGCCUCGAUUUUGACUGCGAAGAGGGCGGACCCCGUAAUUAA